AUGCGACCGCAACAAAAUAACCACACAAGGCACUACUGCGUCCACCCCACCCCACUGCCGCAGUUGACCGACUCCCGCGAUUCUCCUCCAUCUCUCAGCCCCCCCCACUCUCCCGUUCCCUGGUGUGUUGGUUUUCCGUGGUGUUGGUUUUUUGUUGUCCAGCUUCUUGAGGUGUUCGGCACGGGUACGGCCGCCGUCAUCUCACCGGUAAACGGCAUCAAGUACAGGGAGCACGACAUCGAGGUGCCCAGUGGCGACUGCAUCGGCCCUCUCGCGAAACGCUUCUGGGAGACCCUGACGGACAUCCAGUACGGCAGGGUGGAACACCCCUGGUCCGUGCAAAUCUCGUAGAGGACUUGCGUUGUUUCCAUAGGGGGGCGGUGCGGCAUCUUGUCGUUGCUCCCUCUAUCGCGAGUCUACCUACUUGGUUAUGUUUAGUGCUCGAUCCGGGGUGGGAUCAGUUUCGAGCUCAUGGUGACGUUUAGUUAUCGUUGAUGAAGAUGAUGUUGUUUUUGUCGUUUUUGUUGUCGCUG